CGCAGGCUGAGGUCCUCGACUGUUGGGUCCAGAGCGUCAGAGAGACAGAGAGAGAGGAGCCGCCGAUGGUGAAGUGUCCUCCAUCAUGAGACUCGUUCUGUUCCCGGUCCUCGUGGCUCUCGUGGCCGACGCUCAGCUGCUGUCCCGGUCAGAAAUGUACGGCAGCCUUCAGUCUCCAAACUUCCCGGAGCCGUACCCCCGAGAGACGGAGCUGCGCUGGAACAUCAGCGUUCCCGACGGCUUCCAGAUCAAGCUCUACUUCAGCCACUUCGACCUGGAGCCGUCCUACCUGUGUGAGUACGACUUCGUCAAGCUGGAGGCGGAGGGGGAGGUGCUGGCGUUGUUCUGUGGGAAGGAGGAGACGGACACGGAGGCGGUGCCGGCUCAGCAGGUCGUCACCUCCCCCAGAAACUCCCUCAGCGUCCUCUUCUCCUCCGACUUCUCCAAUGAGGAGAGAUACUCCGGGUUCGUGGCUCACUACAGCGCUGUGGAUGUAGACGAGUGCAGUGACCGCAGUGAUGAAGACCUGCUCUGUGAUCAUUUCUGUCACAACUACAUCGGAGGAUACUACUGCUCCUGUCGCUACGGUUACCUGCUGCACACCGACAACCGCACCUGCAAAGUGGAGUGUAGCGAUGGUGUGUUCAGGGAACGCUCCGGGGUUCUGAGCAGUGUCGAUUUUCCCGCUCCGUAUCCAAAGAGCUCCGAGUGUUUGUAUCGUAUCGAGGUGGAGCCGGGUUUCAGGCUCCGACUCCAGUUUGACCCCAGCUUCGACGUGGAGGAUCACCCCGACGUCAGGUGCCCCUACGACUACGUCAAAAUCACAGCAGGCGGCAGGGAGCUCGGUCCGUUCUGUGGAGCUCGAUCUCCAGGAGUCGUUCAGACCGACAGCAACGUCGUCACCGUGGUUUUCCACAGCGACAACUCCGGAGAGAACCGGGGCUGGAGGAUCACGUACACAGCUACAGGAAGUCAGUGUCCAGUACCUGAGACCCCACCUGGUGCCCUGAUAAACCCUGUCCAAUCAGAAUACUUCUUCAAAGACCACAUCCUGUUCAUCUGUGAGCCUGGAUACAGACUGCUGAAGGACGGUGAGUAUCUAGACCAUUAUCAGCUGGACUGUCAGGCUGACGGAUCGUGGAGCAGCAGUCCUCCUCAGUGUCAAACGGUGGAUUGCGGGAGUCCAAAGGUGGUCGACAUGGCCGACGUGGUGUUUGGUAACCGUGACAACAGCACGCUGUUUGGAUCGACUGUCACCUACGUCUGCAGAGACGACACCUUUCAGCUGAACACCAGCAACAGUUCCUACACUUGUGGUCAGAACGGAGAAUGGACAAAUUCAGAGUCGGGGCCCAAACUGCCGAGCUGUCUGCCAGCCUGCGGCCGGCCGUCCCGCUCUCUCCCGCUUCAGGUGAAGCGGAUCGUGGGCGGUCGGAGUGCCGAGCCUGGCCUGUUCCCGUGGCAUGUUCUGCUCAGCGUGGAGGAUCUGUCCCGGGUCCCAGAGGACCACUGGUUCGGCUCUGGGGCCCUGCUGUCCGAGUCCUGGGUCCUCACGGCAGCCCACGUCCUGAGGUCCCAGAGGAGGGACACCAGCGUUGUCCCCGUGGCCCCGGAACAUGUCAAGGUCUUUCUCGGUCUCCAUGACGCCCGAGACAAACGUCUGGCCACCAGCCGCUCGGUGGAGGAGAUCUUUCUCCAUCCAGACUUCCAACCCAACAACUACAACAACGACAUCGCCCUGCUGAGGCUGAGGGACCGCGUGGAGUUUAACGAAGUCAUCCGUCCAGUCUGUCUCCCACCACCACAAAACAAGGACGACCCGCCCACCCCUGUCCACAACUCUCUGGGUGUAGUUGCCGGUUGGGGGAUCUCCAACCCCAACGCCUCCUCCUCCUCCGGUGACCCUCCCUCGCUAGCCUCUGACCCAACGGUGGCCGCUGACCUCGGGGUGACCUCAGACCUCUUGCAGUACGUGAAGCUGCCGGUGGUUUCUCAGGACGAGUGUCAGGCGAGCUACACCUCGCGCUCCGUCAGCUACAACAUAACCGACAACAUGUUCUGUGCAGGUUUCUUCGAGGGGGGCAGGGACACCUGUCUGGGGGACAGUGGGGGGGCCUUCGUGAUGGAGGACGAGGUCAGCCGGAGGUGGGUGGUGUUUGGGUUGGUGUCCUGGGGGGGGCCAGAGGAGUGCGGGAGUCAGAGAGUGUAUGGAGUCUACACCCGAGUGGCUAAAUAUGCGGAGUGGAUACAGAGCCAUCUUCAGACCGCCCCCUGGUGGUGAGACAGGUGUCACAGCUACAGCUGAGACCGAAUG